AUGUAAACAGAGUCUAGUAAUUUAUUAAAUCCCUUGGAACUCUUAAAAAGUAGUGGCAUUCCUAAACAUUUACUUUAUUAAUCAAAGAUAGAAGUUGACCAUUUAAUUUGUCCUAUUUGUUUAAAUAUUCUAUGGAAACCAGUUGCUUGUGGAUAAGAUAAAUGCUUUUAAUCAUAUUGCGAAGUUUGUAUCAACAAAUGGAUUCAAGAUUAAGCUGGAGAUGUUGUAUUAUAAGAAUCACUUUAUUCCUAAUCUUUAAUUGUUGCUCCAGAUUCUGGAUCUGGAUCACAAUAUAGUUCUUAAUCUAGUUCUUUUUCUGAAAUGCCUUAAUAGAUUCAUGUAGAAACUACUUUACCAAAUUGUCCAAAAUGCAAAAGACCAUUUAAAAAAACAUCUAUACCUAUAAUACACAAUUUAUUAGAUUCAAUAUAGUUGAGUUGUAUAUAUGAAGAAUGCACAACAAAGCCAGGAUAUGAAUAGUUUUAGAAGCAUAUAUUAUAAUGUCCUUUUAGAAGAAUAAAUUGUUCUGGUUGUGGACUAUAAUAAUUGUAAAAUGAAUUAGAAUAACAUGAAAAUUAAUGUGAAUAAGUUACUAUAGAAUGUUCUAAAUGUUUCAAUAAAAUGUCAAGAAAAUUAUUUUAAAUUCAUUCUAUUGAUGUAAUUUAAUAUCCUUAUUCUAGGAUUGUGUAUAAUAGUAAUUUAAUAAUAAAGAUAAUCAAAUAGCACAAUUAUAUAAAAAAAUAGAAGAGUUAAAUCAAAAGAAUUAAUAGUUAGAAUAAAAAAUAUGUAAAAUGUUAAAAGGAGAUUCUUUUGAUACUAUUCAUCAAUUUUCAUUUAAAACAAUGUUUACAUAAAACUAUUAAUUUACAGGUAAUUAAGCUAUAGAGGCUAAAUUAAUUCGUCCAUCAUUUAAUCUUUAAAAAUAAAAAAAUGAUUUUCUUCAUUUUUAUAUUAAUCAUAAAAUAAAAACAUAAGCAGUUUAAGGUAUUAUUUGGAGAAUGAGAAUUUAAACUUUGAAAGGUAACCUUUUAAUUGGUAUUUGUUCUACAUUAUGUCAUUAUUCAAUUGAUUUUAUUAUAAAUAAAUUAGGUGAAAUAAAAAGAAAAGAAUGGAAUGAGAAUAAAUAUAAAUUAUUAAGAAAAGGUAAUUUUACUUUCAGUGAAGGGGAUACUUUAACAUUUUAAUUUAUGCCUUUAUAAUAAUGUUUAAGAAUUACAAAUGAAAAUAGACAUAUAGUAUGUCGAUUUGAACCAACUGAAAUAAUUGAAAUGGGAGAUUCCUUUUUUAGUUUUUUCAGUUUAGAAAAUUAAGGUGACUCAUUAAUUUUUAUUUGA